AUAUGGUUAGGGUUCAGCCGGAAGUAUAAGCUGGUAAGGCGCGGCUGCCACCUCCUCCGUUUUUACCUGCUUCGCCUCCAAAGGUGAAGUACAGGACGAUGCCGAAGCUCUCCUCCUCCCUUAUCAUCCGCUCCUUCUAUCUCCCCUACCUCGUCGGAGCCGUCCACUUCCCCUCCACCUUCACAACCACCGUCGCAGCCGCUGCCGGAAAGCUAUCUGCCGAGCCUCAUUUCAUGGCCGACUACCUCGUCGCCUCCUGUGGCCUCUCCCUGGAGAAGGCGGUGGAAGCCUCGAAGAGCCUCCGCCGCAUCAAAUCCCGUCAACAACCCGACUCCGUUUUGGAUUUCUUCAAAAAACACGGUUUUGAUGACUCCCACCUCAAAAAGCUUGUAUCUUGGAACCCCAGAUGGCUCGCCUUCAACGUGGAGGAGACCCUUGCCCCAAAGUUCCGUGCUUUGCAUGACCUCGGCUUCACCGGCCCCGACCUGACCCACGUCGUUAUGUCGAACCCCGUCGUCAGCAACCAUAACCUCCACCGCAUCGUCUCUAAGAUCCAGGUGUGGAGAGACCUUCUUGGUUCUGAUGAACAUUUGAAGAAAUUCCUCAAGGGAAAUCAGUGGCUUCUCGGCCACAGCGUCGAGAAGACGAUCCAGCCCAACCUCUCGGUGUUGAAAGACUGCGGCAUCUCAGACCAGAGGAUCACGCUGGUCUUGAAGAAGCAUCCGAAGUUCAUCCUCCAAAAGCCUGAUGCAUUAAGGGCAUUGAUUGAUCGUGCCAAGGGGUUGGGAGUUCUACCGGGCUCGACGAUGUUCCACUGGGCUCUCUGGGUUCUGUACAAGGUCGGCCAGGAGAAGUUCAAUGCCAAAUUGGAGGCCAUGAGAGGCUUUGGUUGGUCAGAGGCCGAGUUCCUUGCUGCAUUCCGGAAGGCCCCUGGUUUCUUGACAGGUUCAGUAAGCACGAUGCGGGAGAAGAUGGAUUUCUUGGUGCAGCAGGCAGGCUGUGCCCCGUCCUAUGUUGCACGCCACCCAGUGCUUCUGACGCUGAGCUUGGCAAAGAGGCUGGUUCCAAGAAAUCGAUACUUGGAGGCUUUGAAGUCAAAAAAGUUGCAUGGUGGAGAAUAUGAUGUGUACACGGCCAUGGUGUGUGCAGAGAAGAGGUUCUUGGAGUAUUAUGUCCUCCGACAUGUAAAUAAGUUCCCAGAGCUCAAUGAAUUGUAUGCUGUGAGUCUUGAAGGGAGAAAUGCUCUGUAGUUCUGUACAAUAAAAUGGGCAGCUUGACGUUUUCCUCCUAUCAUGUUCUUAGGUAUCACUUCUUUACUCUUUGAACAUGAACAAUGCAUAUGAACCCGUAAGUGGAUUGAUA